AGUUUCCACCAAUAAUUUGACCUUUCCUUCUUCGCCUGCUUUCCUCUAGCAGUUGAUGCCAUAACAACCUCAAAUUAUGCUCCCUUUGUCAUCUCUCUACUUUCCUUGUCUAAAUUUUAUUAAUUAUUUCACUUAUUCCAUAUGGAUUCCAACCAUUUUGUUGAAUUACCCUUCUUGGCAACUUUUCUCGUGUCUUAUCUGCAGAAUCCUAGAAUCAUUUUUCACAUUUUAAGUCAUUAAAUCCUGCUCGGUCGAGUGAGCUUUUAAGCAAUCAAGCAUUGAUCUUUUUGUGCUUUUUGGGACAAAUGUUGAACUUUGAGGGGUAGGUUUUUGUUAUUUUUCUUGAUGGGUACUGCAAUUACUCAGUACCCAUAUGGAAUUACUUCACAUUCUUUUGUGAAAUUCGGUCACAAAUUGGAGAUUUCAAGCUCUAAUUCUCAUUAUAAAGUGGAGAUAUCAAGAUUUAACUUGUAUCCAACUUCUGUUUCCACCACUGACUCCAAGGUGUGUUUUCGUAGAAUACGUGCUCAACCUGAUAUUGAUGAUAUAUUUUCGGAUAUUAUUGCAACACCAUUGCUUGAUGUGGUUGAAAACCCUAUCCACUUGAAGAAUUUAACUAUUAACGAACUGAAACUAUUAGCUAGUGAAAUACGAUCAGUGCUGUCUUCCAUAAUGUCAAAGGCACAAAAUGACUGUAAGGCCAGUUUGGCAGCGGUUGAACUGACAGUUGCAAUUCACCAUGUUUUUCAUGCUCCAGUGGACAAGAUACUGUGGGAUGUUGGGGAACAAACAUAUGCACAUAAAAUUCUCACCGGAAGGAGAUCUCUUAUGCAUACACUAAGACAAAAGGAUGGUCUUUCUGGAUUUACAUCUCGGUCUGAGAGUGAAUAUGACCCAUUUGGAGCAGGACAUGGAUGCAACAGUAUUUCUGCUGGACUUGGCAUGGCGGUUGCUCGUGAUAUUAAAGGGAAGCGGGAACGUAUUGUUACAGUCAUUGGCAAUGGCACAACCAUGGCUGGUCAGGUCUAUGAAGCAAUGGGCAAUGCAGGCUAUUUAGACUCAAAUAUGAUAGUGAUUUUAAAUGACAGCCGACACUCUUUACACCCCCAGAUUGAAGAGGGCUCCAAGACUUCAAUCAAUGCUCUAUCUAGUACCCUAAGCAAGCUCCAGUCAAGCAAAUCAUUCCGGAGGCUUAGAGAAGUUGCUAAGGGUGUUACCAAGAGGAUAGGCAUGUAUGAAUUAGCAGCUAAAGUUGAUGAGUAUGCACGUGGUAUGAUGGGUCCGCUGGGAUCAACUCUCUUCGAAGAACUUGGGUUGUACUACAUAGGCCCUGUUGAUGGACACAAUAUUGAAGAUUUAGUUUGUGUUUUACAAGAAGUGUCAACUCUGGAGUCAACGGGCCCUGUCUUGAUACAUGUAAUAACUGAAGAAAAUCAGUGUACAGAACAUAAACAACAGAUUGAGGCAAUGGGGAACCAGCAGGGAGGUUUCUUUGACUCAGAUGCAGUGCUAUCCAACAUGCAUACUCAAACAUAUAGUGAUUGUUUUGUUGAGGCACUGAAAUUGGAGGCAUAGAAAGACAAAGC